AUAAAAUUCGAUAGCGAUGGUGUCUGCGUCUGCUGCGAGCUGCAACAUCAGACCUCGGGCUGCAGCAACCUCGGUGAGACGCUGAAACUGAACCCUCUGCAGGAUUGCAACGUGGUCAGGCUCACGCUCAAGGACCUGUUGUUUACUGUGUGCGCCCUCAAUAUCCUCUCCACGAUUGUCUGCGCUCUGGCCACCGCCAUGUGCUGCAUGCAAAUGGUCUCCUCGGAUGUGCUGCAAAUG